AUGGCCGCGCCGCGCCGGCUCCUGGCCCCGCUGCUGCUGCUGCUGCUGCUGCUGGGGCUCGUCCUGGCCGCCCCCGGGCCACUGGGGCAGGCGCCGGACGGGAAGGAUGCCCAGGAUGGCCUCACCCGAAGGCUGGUGCGGCCGCGGGGUGCACGGCGUGGGACCGGGCAGCGGCAGGGCGGCUGGCGGAGGUACCGGCGGCCCCGGCCCCGGCUCUCCCACAAGGGGCCCAUGCCAUUCUGAGCCAGGGCUGCCGCCAGCCUUCCAUGGACACGGCUUCCAUCGCUCGCGCCGCGUCCUCGCCCGCUCUGCUCAUCCUCCGGCCCUGGGCGCGGGGUACCCCCUGUAAGCCCUCGGCUGGCCCCACCUUCUCCCGGCGAUUGCUCCUGGUGGCCCCGGUGCCGUGUCUGGCACUGUGGGUGUGUUCUGCCCCUCCUCGCCACCUCCCAGGGCUGGCUGGAAGGGGGUUGCCUGCAGAGGGGCCAGGGUUGCCACGAUGCCCUGUCCCGGUGGGCACGGGGCUGGCUUGGGCAUGGGCCCGCUGGGACCGCGGGCUUUGCGCAAAGCACUUUGUCAGGUGGAGCAGCUUCUCCUCAGGGGUCCAUGAGCUGCCUCGGGGUCCUGCCCCAGCCCUGUCUGUCACCCCCACGCCAGGGGGGAGCACAGAGCUUGUCCUGGGUCUAUUUAUUCCCCUGGUGCUCAUCCCACACCCUGGGUGAGCUGCCCUCCCUUUCCCGCUGGCAGACCCUCCCGGGGACCCCUGUGCUGUGGGGUGCCCACCCAGGACACGCUCUGGGGCCCUGGGCCCCUCUGCUUCACGCCGUGGGACAGCAGGAGCAGGGGGGCACUGGGGGCUCUGUCCAGCUCUGCCAUACACCAAAGGAGGGGCCCUGGCUCUGAGUUGGGCCCUGCUGAUCAUCUCCUGUGUCUGUAAAGAUUUAUUCCAUGUAAAUAUAUCUUUAUA